AUGUCGGGCACAUCACAAGCUGACGUUGGAAUGCGUGAGCACGACACACCAAGCAUGGUCAUUGAUCCUGUGGAGCUCCCGCUCACCUCAGGCGAUGAUGAUGGCAUAAAUUUUAAGCUGCCCAGCCUUGGCGCCCUGCAUGAAAGAGUGGUGAGCUCUUCGCCACUAACACCUUCUACCUUCAGGCAAAUCGUUGACAUCCUGUACAAUGAAAUGGCAAAGUCAACAUUGUAUCCAACACGUCUGUUCUACAGCAAAGUGACAUCCCUGCUCCUUGACAAGUAUCCUAUCCUGAGAGAUGUUGUUGGAAGUGGGCACGACUCCUGGAAAGUAGCCCUCCGCAACAAAUAUAAAAACCUAAGGAGGAAGCUGGAUGAUCAUGGUGAAGUGCUGGGCAGUCGCAAGAAAUUUGGUGCCGAAAGGAAAGCAGAAGACACCACUGAGCUCCUAAGGAACAAGACACUUAAGAUGGUAAGGACAGUGUGA